AUGUCUCCGACACGGAUAUCACCCUUUCUGGAGGCUUGGUACAAAUGGAAGGCGCUCAGACUGCCAUGGCGCAAGCGCUUCCUCGUCGGCCGUGACCUGCAGGGUUACACCUUUUGGGAGUUUCGAGACGUCCGCGGCAACGGGCCUGGCCGCUUCCGCCGCAUCGUCAAGUAUCCGCGAUCGAUAUACCUCUCCGACGUAAAGGUAUCGCCGCUGUGGCACCAGUGGUUGCGGUACACGCGAGAACAGCCCCCGACACUCGAAGAACAAUCGCGAGAGGCCUUCAGACAAGAGCGCAUGAAAGUUCUGGCGGCGCAGGCGGAUGCCAGAUGGGAGGCCAAGCCUAGACUUACGGAUGCCCCGGGUCAGCAAACCGGUCAGCCUUUACCGUCGUUCAACACUGCGCAGACCCAGCCCAAUGCGCCGGAACUGGAGGCGAAAAACACGGACGCAAAGGAGAACAACACAACACCAAAGAAGCCUGCGAGGUCGACUGAGUCAGCUCAGCUUCCAGACGAGACGAGGACGAAAUACGGGAAGGACCCGUGGGCCAGGGCUCAAGGGCCGAGUGAAAGCUGGCAGCCAGCAACGUGGGUACCACCUGCAGGAAAGAAAUAG